UUCGUGUAGGAUCGUAACCUGCGUCGUUUUCGUUUGCACGCUAUCGUUCUCAUUCUUUCUUUCACAGAGGACAACGCUCUUGCUUGCACCCACGUUCUUUGAGGUUCGUUCGUCGCACGUUCGUCGGCCGUCGGCGGCGAUGGCGCUUCAAGCGCUGACCGUAAGAAGGCGCCUCAGUCGCUUCGGCAAGAUGGCCACGCUGGAUCAAUGAAACGCGAGUAAUCGUAGUAAAAACAGAAAUUGACAAGUGCGCGGUCGAAUAUCGAGGGCCGAUUACGGUGUAAAUGGAACAUGGGGAAGGACCAGGAGCUGCUCGAGGCAGCGAGAAGCGGAAACGUCACUGUGGUCGAGAAGAUACUCGGACAAAGAGCGAAGAGGAGUGGUCCACUGGCAAGUUUACGACGAGGUCCGGGUGCUAACGUGCAAGAUGCCAGUGGAUAUACAGCCCUUCAUCAUGCAGCUCUUAAUGGUCAUCGUGAAGUAGUCAAGUUAUUGCUCCAAUAUGAGGCUUCUACCAACGUCGUAGAUGCUAAAGGAUCUUCGCCACUUCAUUUGGCAGCUUGGGCAGGUGAUGCUGAAAUUGUGCGGUUAAUUCUUAGCCAAGGGCCCUCGGUACCUAAAGUCAAUCUAGCGACAAAGGACAACGAGACGGCCUUGCAUUGUGCUGCACAAUAUGGACACACGGAAAUAGUGGCGCAGCUGUUGCAGUACGGAUGCGACCCGAGUAUCCGCAACAGCCGCGGAGAAUCUGCUCUCGACCUCGCCGCGCAAUAUGGCAGAUUGGAAACAGUGGAGCUACUAGUGCGAACCCAUCCAGAGUUGAUUGAAUCUCUACGUAGUUCUUCUUCGUCUUUGAUCUUCCCACAUACUCCAUUGCAUUUAGCAUCACGUAAUGGACAUAGAGCCGUCGUGGAAGUUCUACUCGCUGCGGGAGUGGAUGUCAACACAAGAACGUCCGCUGGUACAGCGAUGCACGAGGCGGCACUUUGCGGUAAGAUGGAAGUUGUCCGAGCACUUUUGGACAGAGGCGUGGAUCUGGGAAUCAGGGAUUCUCGUCAAAACACCGUUUUAGACCUUUUGGGACAAUUUCCGCCACACGUCACCCAAGAUAUUACGGCUGUAAUAAAGAGGCACAGGUCUUCUUCCGGAGUGGAAAGCGAUGCCGACAGUGAGAACUUGCCACCGAUUCCGGUUCAGGGUGGUGACUCUUUGGGUAGCCCUUAUGAGAAUGUACGCCCUGGGGAUGAUCUUUCUCCGGCGGAAGGGACGUCGCCCACUCAAUGGCAGUUCUAUCAUAAGCCUCGGGACGAUGAUCGCCGUGUCUCCGGAACUUCCGUUAUGUCUUUCGAAGACGGGCGGAAUAGGGGACCAGUGAAUGGAGUACGGAGGACUAUCCCGCAGACAGAGGAUUACUCCGACCUCAGCUCAGUCUUCGACAGCGUUCUCAUGUCCAUGUCUGACACUCUCAACUCCAUAAAUACUCUUGAAAGUUCCGACCAAACACCGGAAGACAAAGCACAAAACACUAUCACCUCUAGAACACCGUUACAACCACGUGACACGACAGGGGGUUCGGAUAGCGGAUUGUAUCAAACGCCACCUGUACCAAGAGGAACUAUGGAGGGUAGCUUCGUGUCAGAGGAUCUGUCCUUGACAUUGCCCACGGGAUAUGGUGGUAACAGGGAGUCCGAUCAAUUGAGCGUCUCCUCGUCAUCUAGCGUUGGUGGACCGAGCCCACGGGAACGACGUUGUUUGGCCAACGAUUCCGGUGCCCCUGGGAUUUACUUACCAAUGGCACCCCUGUCCAGCUCACUUCAUAGCCCUGCCUCUAAUAGCAAAGUUUCGCCGACACCACCGAAGAAACCACCGAGGCGUAACCUAUCAGUUUCGCCGACGCACCUGCAGACUCAAAUGUCACUUUCGGCGGACUGUUCGUUGGGUCCGAGUAACUACGAGUACUUGUUCUUAGCGCGUAGCGGUGCGCGUAGUCACAUCGAUCUUGAACAGCUGCAAAAACGUCGUGAGCAGUUACGACACGUGACGAGAAGCGUGGAUCAGUACGUGGAAAUGAAAUCUCGUUUCGUGCCGUCCGUGGAAAGUGGCAAUCGACGAGAGGCAAUGCCAAUAACGACAAUAACAACAACAACAACAACAGCGAACACCAAUGUAGAACCAAUUGCAAUAACAUCUAUUUACGAGAAUCGUCCGAUAAAGAUGUUAAAUCCACGAAGGAAACUUCGUAGACACGCUUACGAAGGCUAUGAGCUUGAUAACAACGGCCCUUGCGUCGAUAAGUCGCCCUGUAGCGAGAACGAUUCUAUACAUCAGGAACAAACCUUCGUCUCUAACGCCUUCCUUACUUUGAAGUCUUCCCAAGAAAGCUUGUUAGACGAAAAACGAGAGAUUCCUGAUGGUAGUCAUACAAUGAUGGUUCAGGAUAACAGAGAGGCAACAGAUAAAAGACUCAGACGUGUGCAAAUGAUGUUUCCUACGAGUCCAACUCAUUACGUUCAACCACCGACUCCCGAUCAUCCACCACCUUCUGCCAUGCAAGCUGAGAAAUCGAUUCACGAACGUAUUCGUCCGUUGAGCCAGGUUUAUAAAAGAAGAUCUCGCGACAUGGAAACGGAAACUGAUGAGGAUUUGCUACAAUUUCCUGCAAGCGGUUCUCUCGAUGCAUCCAGCGGUUCUUUAUCGAGCGUUUCUCUUUCGGACAAGAGCAUGUCUACCGACAACGUUGAGGAAUACUUCGGAGACGUGCCCUUCGCAGGUUUGUUAAAGGGCUCCGUCACAGCGGAGCGGCCGCGUACAUUGCGCCGUUUGCGAAACGUUUACGGACAGUCCGCAUGCGGAAUGGGAACCGGCGGGGAGGGUGGCGGUGGUGGAGAACGUCUUGAAGACGACGAAGUGAAUUUUCGAUUAUCUGAUAGGGAUCGUGAAAGAGAUGAAAAAUCACUUAGCAUAAUGAGUCCGUUUGAUGAGCAAGAAGAAUGGGCAAAAAUUUCUGAGAUUAUGGCAUCCUUUGGGACAGGACUCGUACGAGAAUCGGUUUUCGUCACUGAACUCGAAAAAGAAUUCCAAACAAGAUUAGGCUUAAGUUCUGAUACCAGUAGCAGUCCUAUUGUUUCCACGUCAGUCGGUCAAUGGUUAGCGAGUUUAGGACUCGCUGAUUAUGAAUCCCUUUUCAUAAACUAUGGUUUCGAUGAUCUUGAAUUUAUAAAUGGAGUUCUUGAUGAAUCCGAUUUGAGAGACAUGGGUAUCAAUAGUGAUCAAGAACGUGCGAUAAUCAUGGACGCUGCCGGCUUGUUGAAUAAACGUGUGGAGAAGCAUCUUGGUAGUCACUGUCAGAGCGUGGACGAAUGGUUGAAAAGCAUUCACAUGGAGAAUUAUAUGGAGACCUUCAGAAAACAUCUUUAUACCGACAUGGAACGCGUGAGUCGCAUCUGGGAAGUCGAGUUGGCUGCAGUAUUAGAGAUUCAAAAGUCUGCACAUCGAAAGCGAAUCCUGGCUUCGGUCAGUGGACCGAAUCCUCGAGCUCAGACACGGAACGGUACUGGCCCUAACCUCGAGGAUCUCAAUAAGGAUUUGAACACCUUAUUUCGUCGUUGUUGGUCUCUGCAGAAAACGAAUAUACAACAGCUGAAGGAGGAAAUACGAGAGAAAUUGCCGGAAACAACAGGGGAGAGUAACGGGAGUGUCUCGGUAACCGUAACAAAUUCGAUGAACACUGGUACACUGAGGCAUCGCAAAAACAGACCAGCUCCACAACCACCUCAACGACCUAGUUCGCACAACGGUGCGAUCACUGCUCCUGAACAGCUCGAGAUCAGAGCACCUUCGGAAUUAUUAUUUGGUGUACCAUCUACUUUAAAGACGCAAUGGAGGCAUCAACCCAAGGCUCUAGUCACUGGCUGCGUCAACUAUGUUGCCAACUACCUGGGCUCCACCGUCGUGAAAGAAUUAAGAGGUACAGAGUCGACCAAGAAAUCUAUUCAAAAACUCAAGAAGACUUGUCGUGACACCAGAGUCACGCCUGAUAUAACCCUUGCCAUCUCUUAUCGGGGCGUACGGUUUUUGAAUACAUUGACCAAUGAGCCAAUCUGCGAACAUGAGAUACGCAACAUUCACUGUGCUUGUCAGGAUGCCGAUGAUCUUACACAUUUUGCCUACAUCACCAAGGAUCAUGCGAGUCGCACACAUUUCUGUCACGUAUUCUGCGUGCCAACUAUGGACCAAGCAACUGAAGUCAUCCUAACGCUGGGCCAAGCAUUCGAGGUAGCUUAUCAGAUGGCAUUGAGGGACAAGUUGGGGGGACACGCCGUGCGUUCUCAAUCGGCCAAUCAGUUAGUUUCGCUUUCGAGCUCGACUAAAUCCAGUGGAAUAAUGGCAAAGACAUCCUCUCCUGAGUCAACUAUUGAACACAUCCGAGAGAGCGAUCAUGAGGUCACUGCAACCAUUCCAAAUGACUGAUCGCUAUCAACAAAAUAAGAUUGCUAAGGUUCUUCUAAAAUGUAUCGUAUCUUUGCAUAAUAAUGAAUUUUAAGCAAUUUUCCAUGCUGUGCCAUCGUGAUUCAAUUUCCCGUAACGAUGAUGAUGUGAAUAAUAAUAAUAAUAAUAAUAUAUAAAGAAAUGAUAUAAAUAUAUAAUAAGAACGUGAAUGAGGGUGUGUAAGUGCGCACGCGAUAGAGAUCGUGUAAUUGUCUUAUAACAAAAUUUAUUUCUCCUUAAAGAUGUGAGCUUUAAUAUAAUCGCAUUUUUAUUGUAAGCUUAUAAUGAUAUUGAUUAUCGCUAUGUGCUGAUAAUAUGACCGUUUGUAAAUCUGUCAUGCUUCUAGUAAGACGAUCAUUUCAUUUUCUUGAAUAUGUAAUUUAACUUAGCAGAAACGAAAUAGAUUUUGCUCGUUACGAAGAACUUGUCGACAUAAUUUAUCGUCUACUACGUAAAGUGUCAUUAAACAUAACGUUUACAUAAAAUAUCAUCAAUUUAUAAGAGAGUUCCGUCUCUCGCAUCUCUCUUGUCCUCUUCCAACUUAAUGACUAAGUCUCGUGAUUCAAGUUGAAUGACAUCCGAGGAAAAGUUAUGAAUUACAUCUCGUUAGGAAAUAAAUUAAUAGCACGCCGGUCUGUUUGGAAAAUGUAUUACAAAAAGUACGUGAAUCUUCGCAAAAUUCAAGCGAACUAUAUUUCCAUUUUAAUUAAGACCGUUCUAACAUUACCCUUUCAUUACUAUACAAAAUCUUAUCAACUAUUCGAGAUAAAUGUUGAAAUAGUAAAUGAUAGGCGUAGUUUUGGUUUAUAAAGUUAAAAACAUUUUAUCUCAGUAAAUCGCAUUAAAUUAUAUUUUCCAUCUAUUUUUAUUAUUCGUUAAAAAAUAAAAAAUAAUUUUUAUAUUCUUUUACGUUUAGUUUUCUCCUUUUAAUAAAAAUUUUAAGUAGUCAAACUGCUCUUCUAAUAUCUUUAAUAAAAAUUGCUUGGAAAUAUUCAUUUUCGAAGAGUUCGAUAUAAUUUUGGCGAUAUGUUAAAAUUGAGAAGCAGGCAGAUUCUUUCGCGUCGACUCGCACAUAUCGAUCCUCAAACUUGCGGGAACCGAUUCCGAUGGCAAAGCACAAGUGCAAUAUCUUGUGAACGCAUUACUAGUACGAUUCAAUGCUCUUUCAAAGGGUUUUCUAACAAACACCUCGAGGCAAUGUUUAAAAUGAACUUUAAAUGUUACGAUAAACGAAAUGGUACGUAUUACGUUUGAUUGCUUGUAUAUUGCUUCGAGAUGUUAUGUUAAUCAUUUGGGAUGAGAUCGUUAAUAGGGCAACUCGAUUGAUUGUUAAUAACAUUAUUAAUCACCAUGGCAGCUUCAGAGUGUGAUGAACGGUUCGAAUUAAUUUUCGAAAAAUAAAAUCGAGAAAAAGAAAAUAAAUCUCUACUAUCGUAUGAAUACCGAAAGAGCCGUUAAUUCAGUCCCGAUGUUAUUAAUCUAGUAUCUACAUAUAUAUGUCGCAAUGUAGUAUGUAUUUUCUUUUAUUUUUUUCUCAGCUUUCAUAAUUCUACGAUAUAAAGAAAUUUUCGAUAUAAAUUUCGGAAACGUAGAAAAAUAUCCAUCACUGAACGAUAUAGUUGUUAUAAAUAAAUAUAGAUACGCUACGAACUCUAAAAUAUCAUUGUAUGUGCAAUAAGAAAACAAUUGUGUGUAUGUGUAUAAAAUAUGAUUUUGAUUUUGAAAGAGAAAAAAAAUAGACAAGGGAUGAUCGAUCCUCCGAACGUAAGAAAACAAAUAAAGCUACUCGUCGUUCGGACGUUCGAUCAUCUUCGCCGGGAUAUAGAGAUAAGAUAAAAAUAAGAAAAAAGAAAUAAAUAAAACAAGAUUAAGGAGUACAAGUGCAUGUAGAAUAAUGGUGUAUCGGUGUUCUUUUCGAAGCGAAAUAUUGUCGUGCUAUGAUGUUCGUAGCAUCACGUUAGCGGCUUCAGGUGAUUUAGAUUUUUUAUAUUAUUCUUAUAAUGAUUAUUAUUAUUAUUAUUAUUAUUAUUACUAUUAUUAUUAUUACUAUUAUUAUUAUAUUAUUAUAUUAUUAUAUUAUUAUAUUAUUAUUAAUAUUAUUAGCAUUAGAGAAAAAUAAUAUCGUUCCAUGAGCGUGAGAAAAACGUCGUGGGAACUGAUGCUCGUCAAAGACGUGUACUUUCUUGUCCAAGCGAGAUAAUGUUCCGAUAGUGAUAUUUAGCAAGUAAUAUGCGGAUAUAUUAGUAAUAUAUCAUAACUUUAAUCUAUAGCAGUAUUUAAAUCGUCGCGUAACGAUUGUAAUUUAUCCUUAUUAACACGACAAAAUAUCGCCCUCUAUUUUGACGAUAUCUGGUGGUUACAGUUUCCAUUUGUCCUAUGCCGUCCGAAUUAUUAUUAUUCUCGCUACUGCGACCAUUGAAAAUACAGAGGGAAAAAAAAACGGGUUGCAUAACCGAGAGUAUAAUAAAAUUGUACAGAUUAAUGAUAUUUUUCUCUUUUAAGAAUCAUAUAAGAAUUUGUAAAUACUUUCACGUACAUACGAUAAAUAUAAAAAAAACUAGCCACUUCUUUAUUUAAUCAGCAGUAGCUAGCAAAAAUAUAAUUCGGACUGGUAUAAUAUCUAACUCUUACUCUAAUUAUUCUCUAUUAAGUAUUACGUCUUUCUUUUUCUUUUUCUUUUUCUUUUUCUUUUUCUUUUUCUUUUUCUCUUUCAAAUAUUUCAACGACCGCUAACGUCGUGCAAUAAAUUCGCAAUCAUUUAAAACGAUUUUUUCUCUUUUUCUCUUAAUGUCAAACUUUUUCAUCUUCUCUUUGUCUUUCUCUAUCUUGUCAUAAAUCUAACAGCUCGUCGAUCUUGUAAAGAAAAUGUAGUUCGAAAUUAUUCGUAAAUUGGUAAAAUGAACUCUUUCCAUCGCAGGAAACAUUUUGAUUUAGAUUAAUGAUCGUCGAUGUAGAUAUGUAUCACUCAUGUAUAAUAUCGUAGUUUCUAAAUUAAACGUUAACUAUUCUAAUCGAAAUAGCAAGACUAUUUUCAAGAUAAAUCUUGGUUUAUCAUAUUUUCAUCAUUUGUCAAUGUCAUAAUAUUUCGAAUUUUUUUAAUGGACGUAUCUAAAUAAAAUAGACGACGUAUUUUUCUUCUAGCUAAUAUUGCACAUCUUAUAUUUUUCUUGAAAAAUUAAAUUCAUAAAACGAGGAAAUAAAGGAAGAAGGAAUAAAAGAAAAAAGCGUCGAGGCCGAGCUAAUGAGAAUGGAUGUAAAGAAAAGAUUAUGUAUUCUUGAUAUAUCGCUCACGCGAAAGUCAUGUGUGUGUGUUGUAUAAUAAUAAAAAGAAACGGAGAGAAAGAGCGUUGUAAUAUAAAGUAGAAAAAAGAAAGAAAGAGAGAGGGAGAGAGAGAAAUUUAUAUCUUGAUAAACGCGCGACUUUGCUCAAAGAAAAGGUCGCGAAGGGACGAAAGAAAAUGGGACGAUUGUUCGAUCGUAAGUUCGUAUCUCAUUUGGAAUUGGCAUUUUCAGCAUCAUUGUUUCUAUGAGUUUCUAGACUGGAUCAUUGGUCUAGAUGUAUUACAUGAUAUUUUUUUUCUUUUCUUUCUUUUUCUUAUUUUUAAUUACGCUCGUUCUGUUUUUCCUUUUUUUUUUUUUUUUUAUUUUCUUGUCUAGUUCUACGUAGAAACAGCGAUGCAUGUAUGUAUGUAUACAGAAUGACGAAAGAGCCUAGCAUUCAACUAAUAUUGAAUAUGUUAGUAUGUAAUUGCACGAAUGAAAUAAAUUCGUUUAUAGAUUCUUCAUGCGAAAUCAUUGUCUUUCAAAAAGCGUAUAAUAAUUCUUUGUGUUAAGGCGAAGGUUCUUCGACUUCCUGUAAACUUGCGAUUUAAAAUUACGGUUUCUUUUUAUGUGAAAUGUUACUCGUGAUUUACCAUCGAACGAUUUUGAGAAUGUUCGUAUAAUUUAAAUACGAAUUAGAAGAAGGGGCGAAAGGAUGGAAAAUGAGAAUUGGAUAAACGCUUAGAAUGAGAAGUAUUUUUCUCGGGGAAUCGAUAACUAUAUAUAUGCACACACACACACGCACACACGCACGCGCGCGCGCGCACACACACACACACACACACACACACACACACACACACAUAUAUUGUCAUUUUAUACAUUUUACUAUUUUUUUCUGUUUUCUUUUCUUUUCUUUUGUAUUUCAUUUUAAGAAGUACGUAUACGAACAAUCUCGAGACUCUACGCAGAUAUUUUUGGCAAUAAUGCAAACAGUAUACAACAUAGCAAUAAGUAAAAUUAUCAAGUUGACACUUUAAAUAGUCACAGAUAACAUUUAAUACCGCCGACCACACACAGUAGUAAUAUAUUGUUUUUCGAUAUUGAAUCGCUCAACCAUGUUUUUUCGAUAUUAUAUAUCUAUUAAUACCACAACGAGAUAAUAAAUCUUGUAAUUUUCACACGAUUUGUAGUACAAGACAAUUGGUGCAGCGACCACGAAAACAUUUAUCCCAUUAAAUUAUUAUUUUUCAAAGGAAGUUCAAAGGCAAAAUGAGUCAAUUGCAUUGUGCUCGUAAUUAUUUACGUGCGUACAUAAAAUUGACUCGUUUUGUUCGUUUAAAAAGUUGCUUAUAUCCUUAUAGGUUUGUAUUUAAAUCUUUAAUGAAUUUUAUAAUAUUUUUCGUGCGAAUUUUAUAAUAUUUUAUAACAAUUUUGAAAAAGUGGAAAGAAAAAAGAUUCUGUAGAUGGACAACGACGAAAAGAAAAAGCAUAAGAUCGUGCGAUUCGUAAAACUAUAAAGACGAUUUUGUGAGGCUCGUCGUUCGGUCGUCGAAAUUUUCAUAAAAUAUCAAAGGAAGAAUAGAGAGAAUUUAAAAGAAUUUUUGGAUCGAAUGAAAUUGAUUUUUCGAUAGAUUUCGAGUGAAAAGUUCGAUGGCUUCGACGAUGUAGCGUUUUUCUCCCCAAAUGGAAAAUAUUGGAUAUUUACAUUCAAGUUCAAAGAAAAGACUUGGAAGUGGUCAGGACUUUUUGAAAUCAAACGAAGGUAAAGAAAAGAGUAUAAAAAGAAGAAGGAGAAAAGAUGCACUAUUCGUAUUAAAAGCUGUUGCCGAAGAUGCCAUAUAAUAAUAUAAUAAAUACGCUAUUUUAUACCAAGCAGCUUGAUUAGACGCAAACUUCCUACGUUCUUGUAUACAUUAUAUUUAUUAUUGUUCAUGUUUAUUAGAAUAUUAUAUAUAUAAAACAGAGAUUAUUCCCUGGAUAUCUAUAACGCCUUGAGGAAAAUAAAAUAAAUACUUUAUGGGA